CGGGUUAUCAGGUUACUAGUUAAGAUUAAGAAUUAUAAAAUAAUAAUAAAGUGAAAAAUAAUAAAAUACUUAAGUGAAAAAAGUGAAAAAAGUAAGAAAGGAGGAAAGCUCUAGAAGGAAAACUGUUUUGCCCAAUCACAGCCCUUAUUUCAGUGACUGACUCGCCAACGAGCCAAUGUUAGCAGCACUUUCAUAAGCCCCACCCACAACCUGCAGCAGCGCUGCUGGACUGUCAGUUUGAGAGACAGAGCGGGAGAGUGAAACGGAGCAGCUACACGGAGCGAUAUUCAGAGAUCCUCUGUUAUAAAGUUUUAAAAUAGAUCGCGAAUAACUUUGAAUGCAGUAAAUAGUCAUAUUUCUGAACGGAUUCGAUUACGUGAAGUUGUCAUUGGAGUGAGAGGACGACAAAGCGAAGAUUUGUGAACUGAAAGUGGAUGAAAUCCAACGGAGAAUUGGAGUGUUGCAAAUGAGCUUAUUUGAAUAUAUAUGAAGUUAUUGCCUUGGCUGGGUUUUUUUUUGUCUAUGAUUUAUUCUACGUGAUUUCCUGUGAGAGAUUCCUGUUUUGUGCCAUAUUUAAUCCUUCUGGAGAGGAAUCUGUGUAUCUGACGUGAUUAAAUAUGCACAAUGGCGAGCCACCAACGAACCCGUUUCCACUUUGAACUGUGCUAAAAUUCACCAACUGGUAGGAAAAUUCCAUUUUUUCCCUUGCUUUUGGACACAAAAGACUUUCGUUCUUGGAACUUUCGAUAUUUUCGCUACCAAAAAGGAGAGAUGGUCUUUUGAACUUGAGCUUAUUGAAAGAGUUUAAUAACUCUUGUUACUGAACUGAAUCAUUUGAUUCACGAACUGUGUUCAACUGAGUCGUUUGAUCCUUAUUUGAACUGAAUUGAAUCAAUUUGAUGCAUUUGUGUAUUUUCAACUCAUAUUGUUGAAUAUUCUGUUGAGUCUGAAAAGAAAAGUGAUCUGUUCUGAGAAAUUUGAAUCACAUACAGUGUUCUGAGUUAAAUUGAAUGUCCAACAAUACUUUUUUGGGUUUAUUGAAUGUAAUAUUUUGUUGAAGGUGAUAUUAUUUGCAAAAUAUUUUGGCUGAAGUGAAAGAAGCACACACUACUGUUUUAUUUUGAGAGUUUUAUUUAUUUUUACAUUUUGUGAAGAGUGUGAAACUUCAAAUUGAAUUGAAUCUGUCAAAGUGUUGAAUUUUUUGGUCCUAUAAGAAAUGAAAGAAGAUCUUUGUUAAUUGUUGAUCUUCACUGUUAACAACUGAUUUCAUAUCUGUGAAUUAUUCAUUGAAACAAAUAACAAAAUAGAAAUUUUCUAUAAUAAUACAAUUCACUGAAUCAGAACAAAACUUUGUCAGUCACUUACUCACCUGCUGUACUGCCUCCACUCUCCAGUAGACGUUCCUUGCUUCUGAUAUACAUUGGCCCAUACUGAAAAUUAUUACUAGCUGUAGCGCAUCAGUCACGUUGCACGCUACAUGUUACAACUUUGGCGAGCCAGCCAGGAGAGAGGACGCAGCAGAAAUUAAGGUGAAUAACUACUGAGAUCGACGUACAGUGAAUCAGACAAACAGACAAAAUGGAUGUUGUAGGGAGAGAAAAUGUCAAUGUGCAAAAUGCAGUCAUCGUUAGUGGAGUAACACUGACUGAAGAGGACCAAGUUCUAGAAACAUACCUUUCAAGAUUUGGCUCUGUACGACGCAACCUGCUAAUUGAUGAUCCGCAGUCAGAGUUUCAUCGCAAUGCAAUAGUAGAGUUCACACACAGGUCAGCUAUGAGCAAUCUCGAGCCCCAGCUGCCUCUAACUUUAGUGAGCCCCACUAAUACAGACAUUGUGUUCCGUGUGCGCGCCCUGGGUACGGUUCACACCCCCACCAUUGGUACUGCCACUGUUGAGUGCUUGGAGAAACUACAAGGAAUAGCAAGCGCCAACGGAGAAACUUUACAAGAUGUCCUCCAACGAGAGUUGAUGAAGGUUGGUGGGGCGAAAACUCCAGUUGAUAUGCCACUAGAGACAAACCCCUUGACAAGCGCUACUAGCACCCCCUCAAGGUUGGAAGGAUUCAGGUCACCCUCUGUCUUGAGAUUGGAACCCGAAAACCCAGCCAAAGCAACUAAAGGCGCAACGUCGCCCCACUAUUUGAACGAUGCUGACUCUGUUGAGACCAUAUCAGUGAAAUUUCCCACGUCUGCUUUGCACCCCCCAGGUGUCCAGAGAGUAGUAAUGGAGCAUAUUGUAAAGACGAGUGAUCCUGUGUCCCCGCACAACACCUCAUUCCGCCUUAAAGCUUUCUCUGGACGGAGCCCACGCCCAAGCAAUGAGCCUGACUUCGACACCUGGCGGGCAAGUGUUGAUUACCUGCUAAACGAGCCAUCCCUUCCAGAGUCACACAAAACACGCAGGAUUAUAGAUAGUCUGUUACCACCAGCUUCUGACAUUAUCAAACAUGUGAGCCCACUUGCCCCUUCGACAGAGUGCCUUAAGCUGCUUGAGUCUGUUUACGGUUCAGUGGAAGACGGAGAUGAACUAUUAGCCAAAUUCAUAAGCACUCUUCAGAAUCCUGGCGAGAAGUCAUCCGUCUACCUUCACAGACUACACGUUGCCUUGAGUGCUACCAUCAGACGGGGUGGAGUUGCAGAAAAUGAACGAGACCGAUGUCUGCUAAAGCAGUUCUGUCGUGGCUGCUGGGACAAUAUUCUGAUUGCCGACCUGCAGCUCGAAAACCGAAAACUGGACCCACCUCCUUUUGCCGAGUUAGCUAUACUUAUCCGUACGGCUGAAGAAAAGCAAACGUCGAAGGAAGAGAGAAUGAGAAAGCAUCUUGGUGUGAGUAAACACCAACCAGCUCCACUCAAACUGCGAACUGCAGCCCACCAACAGUCUGCUUAUUGUUGUGACGCAACAGAGGAGGAUUUUAACAACACUCUAGCCCCUGACACUCCUAAGCAGAAAACACCUAAGCAGAAAACUAAAACUCAACACCCUGAGAUGUCUGAAGUAAGCAUUCUGAAGAAAGAAAUCGUUGCUCUCCAAAGCCAAAUUGCGGCCAUUAAAACAGCUACUAACAAGGAAGUGAGAGAGCAAGGAAUGACAAAUGAUCUUCAGGAACUAAGAGAACAGAUAGCAGAACUUAAAGUCCAAGUUGUUUCUUCUGGAGCGCACAGAAACCGUUCUGAAAGAUCCUUCAGUCAAAGAGAUAAUUUGAGUAGACCUGGAGCCAGUGAAAUCGGCAGAGACAAAAAUGAGAAACCAAAACACACCGAGAUUAGAACCAAUCGGCCCCGGCCAUGGUAUUGUUUCCACUGUGGAGAAGAUGGCCACCUAGCCAUUAACUGCGAAAGUCCACCAAAUCCAUCUAGAGUGGAAGAAAAGCGAAGGAAGCUGAGAGAAAGACAAGCUGAGUGGGAUCUCCAGCAUGGAUUCGCCACAGAGCCUUUAAAUUAA